GAGCGUCUUUGUCGUAGAAUGGUCUUUGUCUGCUCAGCCGUCGGUCUCUCUGCUCUCUACUCUCUUCGUUUUAGUCUGUCAUUCUUUAAGGACUUAAUGGACCUGUCAGAGUUUAGCUUUGUAUAUUCUCCUUUGAUAGUUGUCCUUUUUCUACUUUUCACCGUCGCACCUGUUCAAGGUCAGUCUAAGGUGAUUGGUUCACCUCAGCCAAUCAAAGCUUCUCCAGGCAUUGACGUCAUCCUGCCAUGUCAUGUGGAGCCCCCGGUUGACGUGGUCAGACUGACGGUGGAGUGGUCCAAGCUGGACCUCGAGCCUAACCACAAUGACCACUACGUCCACCUGUACCGGGACAGGCGUGAGAUCCUGGACAUGAAGCUCCCGUCGUUCUUACAGAGGACAGAGCUGUUCACGAACGAUCUGAGACAAGGAAACAUUUCACUGAAAAUAACUAAUAUAACUCUGGAGGAUGAAGGCAGGUACAGGUGCUUCAUCCCAAAGUUGAGGAGCAGGAUACGAUCUUCAGUUGUUCAGCUUGUUGUUGAACCACUCACUGCUCCAACAGAGAUGCCGCCACAACUCACAACUGUCUACACACCUGACUUUCAUGGAGAAACAAAUAUAAUUGGUUGUUUAUCAAGAAGAAGACUGAUCCCAGCUGGGGUUUUCAUCAUCUUUCUGAUGGUCAUAGGCACUUUAGUCACAAGAUCUGUGAUCUGUGGAAAAGCAUCAAAAACAAGAGGUCGUAGUUGUCUAGAACCUUGCUGACUGCUAAUCAGUGCUGACAGAGAUGACGGCACUACCCACCAUGAAAGUGCCAUCACAUUUUUGUAUUGGUGUGUUAGCUGUUUGCUGAGAACUACGAUAUAAAGUGUGCACUGAAACAGUCCAUAAUACACAGAAGGUAUGGAUUUAAUGUACAUGGAAACUAAGGGAAUAUUUCAGUUCUUCCUGCCUCGGCCAACACAAACUUGCCAUGACAUCCACACAUAAAUGGUUUGUGCUGAACAUAGUUCAUUGACCAAAACUGCAUGUGCCAUUAACAUGGUCCAGAAUCACUUCUGGUCUCUGUUGGGAGAAAGCAAUAUGUAAUACUACAUUUAAAUGGUUGUUUUUGUCUGAAUUGUUACAGGAGGUUUUGGUUUUAAUGUUAAAUGAUGACUGAAUAUUGUGUUAAGACAUGCUGCAGUGUAGAUCACCAGCUAAAACCAAAUGCAGGAUGGCUGUAACGACACAUCUGUGGGAAAAUGUAUGACUGACAUGAAUGUAUAUGGAGAAUGAUGCUUCAACACAAGAUAUGGUAGUCGUGCAGAUUGCAGACCAAAGACAGCAAAGGCCUGAUUACCUGAUGGUUCUAAAAAUUACCUUGACAACUUAUCUUGUGGUGUACAGUGUGUUUAAAAGACGUUUUAAGUUUUACUUUAGUUAGUAGCUUUUUUAGUAGCUUCUUUUUGAUGCGAGACACAUCUGCACCCUGUUAUCCACCAAGGUAGGCCUUUUUCACAUGGAGACAAAAGUGAUUUAUUUCUGUUUAAUUUUGAAGUUUUCUGUACAAAAUGGCAUCAUAUAAGAAAUGUCUGUGUAACCGUGAAAGAAUUGAAAAGGACUGAAAACGCGUAGCUCAUAUGCCAGGCAUGUAAGUGGCGCUGUAACACUGGCAUGGAAAUGCACCAAAAACAGAGAAGAUGGUUAUGGAGCAAGCGAUUGCUUACCCCAAACUUUCUCCUGGCUGCCCUUGUGGUUGCACUCCCUGGUGGCUGUAAUAUGUGGCGUUGCCUGUUUUCCAUGAGGAUUAUUGCUUACGGUGGUUGUAGGGGAGAAGACUCAAACACAGUCAUGCAAUCUGCCAUUAUUAUUGUGGAUCGCUGGGCUCGCGCAUGUGGGUUAAGUGGCCAUCAUUUCAGGAAAGACUAGCUUGGUUGUACACACAGAGUCUGGCGUACACAGAUUUGUUUAUUCUGGGACCCAGUUUAAAAAAAUAGAGUUCUUUGUGGAUAAAAUGAUGAAAUACUUUUGCGGAUACUCCUUAACUCGUCUCCAUGUAGACGACCCCUCAGAGUUCCUGCCUGUGACUUCAGGUGCUCUAAGGGACACACAGUGCUUAUUCUUCAUCACUAUACAUGGCCUUGCUCUGAGGUUGACUCUCUGCUUUGUUCUUGUCAGAACCAUACCACACAUUUUCAACAGUUCCUGCAGCUCUGUCAUACUGCAAAAUAUUGAAAACUCCAAAGUUUGACUUAUGUUGUGUGUAAUAGAGAAUUUUUAAAGUGUUAAAUUUAACUCUCUGACAGUUUGAUUGACAAUGUUAAUGAUUCUGUGUCUUUGACUUUAUGAUAGAGGUGUGACUUUACUUGAAUAACCUGGUUUGAGAUCUAUUUCCUUAUUCUUGCCAAUAAGGAAGAACAUGUUUUACUGUACGACUCAUCAGUAGCUCCUCAGUACUGGAGUAAACUAUGAAUAAUUUAUAGACCAAUAUGUUUACCCAAGAAAACUAACUAAAGUAAUUGUACUUUUGCCACCUGUUAUUUUAGUGAUAUUUUUGUUGUAUUAUAUUUUUAAAGUGUUAUUUUCUACUUUAAACAAUGUCUAUCUCUGUGCUUUGAGCAGGGUUCACUAACAUUAAAUGGUGGAGAUGUUCAUAUUGUUGCAUAUUUGAUGUGAUUUUAGUUUGUUUAGUAUUAAUUCAUUAUCCAUAAAUGUGUUUGUUUGUACCUCAAGUUCUGCACUGUACAUGAUUAUUGCACUUCUUUGUUUUUUUGUGGGUUGAAUUAUUCAUCAGUUUUUUUGUGUAUUAGUUAUUUAAGUUUCAAGUCUACCUGAUGUGGCUUCAUGAUGUAUUAUUUCUAUAAUAUCCUGUUAUUUAUUAAUUUAUUUUUCCAUGUCCUUAUUUACACGCGAGAUAUCUGAAAUCUUUGUAAAGUCUCUGCACUGAAUUUAACUAGAUGAAAUAGUAAACUGUUUUUGAAUAAGAUGUGUGUUUGUUAAGUUGAA